CAGAAGACGUUUUGACUCAACACUUCCGCGUUCGGGGGAGACAAUAUAUAUAUUUUGAUGCUGCCUGUCAGAUGCAGUGGCGACUUGCUUUAGAUUUCUUUAUUUUACUUUAUUUGGUUACUUUAUUAUUAUAUUGUUGUAACGGAUCGCGUGUUUAUUUACCGAUUUAGCCGAUAAUGCUAAACGAUAGCUAGCUGGUUAUUAGCCGGAUGUGUAUAUAUAUUUUUUUGCCACUGUGGUGUAAAAAAAAAACAAGCAUUACUGGAUUUGAUGUCAAAUUUAAUGUCAAUUUCGCAUCAUGAAUAAUUAAAAUAAAUGUGUUUAAGUAUCUAAAAUCGGGAUCUAAAAUGGGCUGUAACUGCGCAUGCGCGUGGUUGCAUGGCCUGUCACGUUUUCGCUUUUCAUCCUUUUCGGUGUUUAUGUAGUCGAGGACAAAACGAUCAAGCUGCAUUGGAGAGGAUUUGCUGGUCUCUUUCUUGGUCUGAUCUGAUCUAAUCUGAUCUGGUGCACAUUUAAACCAAGACCCAGCCGGCCCCAUGGUGCUGCGCAGGCUGCUGAGGAGGCGAUGGGUCCUGGGGGUCGUGUUCGGCUUCUCCCUUAUUUACUUCCUCACCAGCACACUCAAACAGGAGGAGAGAAGCAUGCGGGAUCGGACUCUGCUGGAGGCGAGGGAAUCCGAUCACCCCAUCGCUUGGAAAGUCAAGUUCAACCUGGGCAACAGCAGCAGGCAGAUCACCCAGUGCAGGAACUCGAUCCAGGGGAAAAGCCUCCUCACUGAUGAACUUGGUUACGUGUGUGAAAGGAAGGACCUGCUGGUGAACGGGUGCUGUAACGUGAACACGCCACGCUCCGGCCAAUACAUGUGUAAGAGCUGCCUGCCCAACGGCUGCUGCAGCAUCUACGAGUACUGCGUGUCCUGCUGCCUCCAGCCAGACAAGCAACCUUUACUGGAGCGCUUUUUGAACCGAGCAGCAGAGGGAUUUCGGAAUCUUUUCACCGCAGUCGAGGAUCACUUUGAGCUGUGUUUGGCGAAAUGCCGCACCUCCUCACAGAGCGUCCAGCAUGAGAACACUUACAGAAACCCUCAGGCCAAGUACUGUUAUGGCGUAAGCCCUCCUGAGCUCCAGCCCGUCUAACGAAGGAAAAGCAUCUCCACACAAUUAUACUACCUCUGACCUUCUCCGCUGUUUUAACCGGACUCGAACUGACCGCGUCAGUAUGAAGACGUCUCCAAAAAUAGGAAAAAAACAUUUCUGAAAAAGUACAAAGAAUCAUCUCGACCUCGUCGGCGUCACGGUACUCAUAUCGUCCUACGUGAUAUUUUGGGUUGGUACCUCAGAAAAAGGAUCCUAUGGUGGCCAGUUCACUAGAUAUAUACAUUACUUAUACAGGAAAUGUAUCACCAGACUGAUGUCAGAGGUUGGGGACAACCACAGAUUUGUGCAAUCCGUCUGGAAGAGCACGCGGGUGCAAUUAUUAUUGCUUCAGUUUUAAACCGAGAUCGUAAUCCAGGUCAGAUUACCGUUGAACUAAAGGCUCGCAUGUAUAGCGCUGUGUAUUAAAGCCGUAUGUUAAUUUAAUAAAACAUUUUUACCCGA